GGGGACGCAGCGAGAACACGCGCCUGGGCUCCGGCCCCUGCGCAGAGGCCGUGUCACGUGGUCCCCGCGCUCGAGCCCCGCCCUCGGACCACGUGACCCGCGCUGUCCCGCUGCCGGGCUUGGGGGUCUGCGGCUUGGAGGGCGUUUGCACAGGCCUUUAGGACUCCUCAUGCUGCCCCCAGCCAACAGGCCCUCACCAUGCAUAUAAGGAAGCAGCUCUGCUCCCACUCCGUGGUUGGGGUCUGCACCCUCAUCUCCUUGUCUACAGCUGUCCUUCUUGGCCAUAUCAUGCUCCGUAACUUACUGCUGCUUCCCCAAGACCCUCCUGAGUCCUCCCCAGAACUGUGGAGGACUUACAGGCCGCACCAUCAGGAAGGUUAUGGGCCGGGACCCCGGCACACCCAGGAGCACCCCGACCAGCCUGGAGCGGUGCCUGCACAGUGUGAUGUACCCCCCAGCAGCCGCUUUGACUGUGCUCCAGACAGGGGCGUGUCCCGGGAGGAGUGCGAGGCCCGAGGCUGCUGCUACAUCCCGGCAGAGCAGGUGUCCCCCAUGGGGCAGCCGUGGUGUUUCUUCCCCCCCGGCUACCCAAGCUACCGGCUGGAGAACCUCAGCUCCACAGACACGGGCUACACAGCCACUCUGACCCGUGCCGGCCCCACCUUCUUCCCAAAGGACGUGCUGACCCUACAGCUGGACAUGCUGAUGGAGACCGAGAGCCGCCUCCACUUCACGAUCAAAGAUCCCACUAAGGAGCGCUAUGAAGUUCCCCUGGAGACCCCACGUGUCCUGAGCCGGGCGCCAUCCCCUCUUUACAGCGUGGACUUCUCAGAAGAGCCCUUUGGCGUGAUCCUGCGCAGGAAGCUUGAUGGCCGAGUGCUGCUGAACACAACCGUGGCCCCCCUGUUCUUCGCCGACCAGUUCCUGCAGCUCUCCACUUCGCUGCCCUCGCAGCACAUCACAGGCCUGGCCGAGCACCUCAGCCCGCUCAUGCUCAGCACUGAGUGGACCCGGAUCACGCUCUGGAACCGGGAUAUGGCGCCCUUGCCAGGUGCCAACCUGUACGGGUCACACCCUUUCUACCUGGCCCUGGAGGACGGUGGCUCGGCUCAUGGUGUCUUCCUGCUGAACAGCAAUGCCAUGGACGUGGUCCUGCAGCCCAGCCCGGCCCUGACCUGGAGGUCAACAGGUGGGAUCCUGGAUGUGUACGUGUUCCUAGGCCCAGAGCCCAAGAGCGUGGUGCAGCAGUACCUGGACGUUGUGGGAUACCCCUUCAUGCCUCCAUACUGGGGCCUGGGCUUCCACCUCUGCCGCUGGGGCUACUCCUCCACCGCCAUUGUCCGCCAGGUGGUGGAGAACAUGACCAGUGCACGCUUCCCCCUGGACGUGCAGUGGAACGACCUGGACUACAUGGAUGCCCGCAGGGACUUUACCUUCAACCAGGACGGCUUUGCAGACUUCCCAGACAUGGUGCGCGAGCUCCACCAGGGUGGCCGGCGGUACAUAAUGAUUGUGGACCCCGCCAUCAGCAGCUCGGGCCCUGCUGGGAGCUACCGGCCCUAUGACGAGGGUCUUCGGAGGGGCGUGUUCAUCACCAAUGAGACUGGGCAACCACUGAUUGGGAAGGUUUGGCCUGGAUUCACCGCCUUCCCCGAUUUCACCAACCCUGAGACCCUUGACUGGUGGCAGGACAUGGUCUCUGAGUUCCAUGCCCAGGUGCCCUUCGAUGGAAUGUGGAUCGACAUGAACGAACCAUCCAACUUCGUCAGAGGCUCUCAGGAGGGCUGCCCUGACAACGAACUGGAGAACCCACCGUAUGUGCCUGGCGUGGUUGGUGGGGACUUGCAGGCAGCCACCAUCUGUGUCUCCAGCCACCAGUUCCUCUCCACACACUACAACCUCCACAACCUGUAUGGCCUGACUGAAGCCAUCGCCUCCAGCAGAGCCCUAGCGAAGGUUCGGGGAACACGACCCUUUGUGAUCUCCCGUUCAACCUUCGCUGGCCACGGCCAAUACGCUGGCCACUGGACAGGUGAUGUGUGGAGCUCCUGGGAGCAUCUCUCAUACUCUGUGCCAGAAAUCCUGCAGUUUAACCUGCUGGGUGUGCCGCUGGUCGGGGCAGACAUCUGUGGCUUCCAGGGAAACACGUCAGAAGAGUUGUGUGUGCGCUGGACCCAGCUGGGGGCCUUCUACCCCUUCAUGCGGAACCACAAUGACCAGAAAAGCAUGCCUCAGGAGCCAUACAGGUUCAGUGAGACGGCACAGCAGGCCAUGAGGAAGGCCUUGAGUUUGCGCUAUGCCCUUCUGCCCUACCUGUAUACCCUCUUCCAUGGCGCCCACGUCAGAGGAGACACAGUGGCCCGGCCCCUCUUCUUGGAGUUUCCUGAGGAUCCCAGCACCUGGUCUGUGGAUCGCCAGCUCCUGUGGGGGUCGGCCUUGCUCAUCACACCUGUGCUUGAGCCUGGGAAAACUGAAGUGACCGGCUACUUCCCCAAGGGCACGUGGUACAACCUGCAGAUGGUGCCGGUGGAGGCCCUUGGCAGCCUCCCGCCUCCUUCAUCAGCCUUCAGACCUGCUGUCCGCAGCAAGGGGCAGUGGCUGACGCUGGAGGCCCCACUGCAUACCAUCAAUGUGCACCUGAGGGAAGGGUACAUCAUCCCACUGCAGGGUCCCGGCCUCACGACCACGGAGUCCCGAAAGCAGCCCAUGGCUCUGGCUGUGGCAUUGACAGCAAGCGGCGAGGCCUGUGGGGAGCUGUUCUGGGAUGAUGGGGAGAGCCUGGGGGUCUUGGAGCAUGGGGACUACAUGCUAGUCACCUUCUUAGCCAAGAACAAUACCAUUGUGAACAAGUUAGAGCAUGUGACCAAGGAAGGGGCUGACUUACAGCUGAGGAAGGUGACCAUCUUGGGAGUGACCACAGCCCCCACCCAGGUCCUUUCCAACGGUGUCCCUGUCACCAAUUUCACCUACAGCCCUGACAGCAAGCUUUUUUCUGUCUUCCAGACCCUGGCCAUCCCUGUCUCACUGCACAUGGGAGAACAGUUCCAAAUUGAUUGGUCCUAGCAGACUCUGCCUGUUUCCAGAGGCCUCUCAAGGAGGCAACGCCCUCUGGAUGGUGGCACCUGUAAGGACCCAGAGUACGGGUCUCUUGGCACAUCUUCUGAGUUUUUCCACCGUGUUGCUGCUUGUGCCCUUGAAGCACUGUCUUGGGAAAGGACAGUGCCUCACCUGCUUGACCCCAGCUGCCUGUCCCUGACACUGUGGAGAAUGUAGAGCUUGGUGCAGGGACAGCGUCAGCCAUGUGGCCCCUGCAGCUGCAACCCUACAAAGAAGGGGCAGGAAAUGUCAGCAGGACUUGAAACUUUACUGUGAAGUGCAUUUUGAAUAAAAGGGGCAUUUGGAACCAGCUCUCACAUGAUGUCUUCACAACACCCUCAGGUCCCCAGAAUCACCUGAGGUUUGUCACCUGUCCUAGAACUCCCCACCCCUGAGUUAGCAAGAGAAUGUCCUGCUGGGGCUGGGCAGGGACUUCCAGAGUGGGACCUGAGCCCUCAGCCCUAGGCAAAGAUCUGUCUGCAGGCUCCCUGGCAAGCCCAGCGACAAGAAAGGUGUUUUAUGUCAAGGGGUUGAUGGGCUGAGUGAGGCUCAGCAGUCAGCCCACUUCUGUGAGCCACUGGCUGGAUCACUGUUUACUGUCCGCAGCAGUCUCCGCCAGGGUCACCGGAGCCUCCUGUUAGGCACUUGGCUCCCAGGGAUCCUGUGGAGAGGCGGUCAGGGUAGUAAUUACCACGGGCUCUUGGGGUCCUAGAGAGCGGAGGCACUUGGGCCACCCCCUGUGGAGUGAGCCUCUCUAUCUGGUGUUUCCAUCUUGUUUUCCUCCACGUGGAAGGGCGGCGGACAGGAAGGCAGGCUCUCUAGGUGUCCAGAAAGAAGGAAGUCAAGGAGAGGCUAGUCCCAUUGGCAGAGGCCUAAGGUUUGCUCACAGUGGCCCACACUGCGUGAUCAUGGCAUGAUCCACGGCAAAUGUCUGAGGUAGCUUUAGCACUCCAUCUGGGACUGUGCCACCUGUCCCUGUGACGGCACACGGAUGGACAAGUGAUUAAAAGAGAAAUCAGUCAAAAGCUGGCUUUGUGUUCAUGGUUUAUACAUCUUCUGGAAUGUCAUAUAAAUGAGAUCUAGGAUUCAGCAUGACUCUUCCACGUUGGUAGGUGGUAAUGGCUCUGCCCGUUUUCCCGUUUUCUCAUUCCAAUAUUUCCUCAUAGAGGGAAGCUCAUUAAGGUUCCAGAAGCUCCUAAACCAAGAUGUAUAGGGCCUCCCAAGUUCCUUAGCAGUAAGACUCUGAACGGGAUACUCUCCACCUGGCUGAGCUGGCUUUCAGUCUGUGGGGUCCAGGGUUGCAGGCCUCACACGUGCUGGGGUGGGCUUCUCUGUAACAGAGCUGCUUCAUGUCUUGUAUUCUGUCAGUAACCCCAAUAAACUCAAGGCUUCAUUAAGCUAGA